UGCCUCCGGCACCGGAGCUGGAGGUUGCUGUUGUUGGCAGCUGCAGAAGCGUCUUCGAGCCACGCCGGAGCGCUCGAGCGGAGGCUCCCUGGAAGAAGAAAAGCAUGCUCCGCUCAGAAAACAAAAGGCUAGUAUUUAGCCUACUGGCAGGGGCUGCUGGAAUAAGUUUAGUCCUGCUUUGGUAUCGCAAGAUGGGGAAACGCAGGACAGCCAUGUAUUUGCCUACGUCUUUGAAUUCAGAGAACAGUUUUGAUUUGGUAGAUUUUCAAUAUGAAACACAGAAUGAGCGUGGAACAGUGAUGCUGUUACAAGGAAAACAGAUUCAAAUGCUGGAGAAAUUGAACGGCUUAGUGGUAAGUGUGGAAGAACUUCAAAGAGAGGUGAAAUUUCUGAAAAAGGCCAUUCCAAAGUUGGAAGAACUUGUUCGAGAUGAACUCCCGGGGAAAACAAAUACUCGCAGGACCAGCCCUUUACAUAAAGCAACAAAGAAGAGGAAGGUUGAGGCAGCACAAGGUGUGCUGUGCACCACCAGUUCUGAAGAGGCAGAAAGUGAAGGCGGUUACAUCACAGCUCACACUGACACCGAAGGAGAAUCUGAGGAAGAAAAAGGAUGGAUCAGUUCCCCCACAUCUUCUCUGUCACCAGAAGAGAAAAUAGAUUUGUUUAAUCUUCUGCAGGAAGUGGACAGGUUGCAUUGUGGUUCGGAUGAUAUGAAAAGAGAGAGCUUCAAACUUUUGCUUCAAAAUGAGAAGUACAGAAACAAUACUGCCUUUCUUUGGAGACUUGCCAGAGCUUAUGGGGACAUGUUUAUGAUAACUACAGAUGCUGAAGAGAAAAAGAACUAUGCAUCUGAAGGAAAGCUUGUGGGUGAGAAUGCCCUUAAUCUGGAUUCAUCAAGCGCUGAAAGUCACCAAUGGUUUGCAGUGAUGUGUGGCUACAUGUCUCAGGUUGAAAGUAUACAGAACAAAAUCAGGAAUGGCUAUCUCUUUAAGGAACAUGUAGACAAAGCAAUUGCGCUUAAGCCUCAAGAUCCCUUUUUAUAUUACCUAAGUGGAAGAUGGUGUUAUGAAGUAGCUCAGUUGUCUUGGAUGGAGAAAAAAAUAGCUGCUGCUCUUUUUGGGACUCUGCCAACUUCCACAGUACAUGAAGCUUUGCAGAAUUUUCUUAAGGCUGAAGAAAUACAUCCUCGAUAUUCUAAAUACAAUUAUGUCUAUUUGGCAAAGUGUUACAAAGAUCUUGGCCAAAUGAAUAAUGCGCUGAAGUACUGCGAAACUGCUUUGGCAAUUCUGUCAGUCACCAAGGAGGAUAAAGAGGCUGAGAAAGAUUUACAAACUUUACUUCCAUCUCUGAAACUGUGAUGACGAUGACAAGAAGAACUUUGGGUUAUGUCCCAUUCUGUGGAAGGUUGCUGGAAACCCAGAACACAGUCCUGAAAGCAUCUUUUAUGUGAAUCUUGUUAAGUUCAAUGGGAUUUAUAGCCAUAUUAGGGGUAAUAUUGGAGUGGGGAGAUAAAUCCCAAACAAGGAACUGUAAAGUUAGAAAUCUUAAUGAAAACUGAUGACAUUGAGUUAGCGAAGUCCUUAACCCUCAAACAAGUUCCUUCAAGGCCAAUGACAAGAAGAUGCAGCAGGUCUUGAUCAGGAGUGUCUUGCGUGCUGCCACAAGCCUCCAUUAAGGUGCUUUUGUUGAGGCAUGCAAACACUUCACAUAUAAGUGUGAUGGCUGCUGGUUCACAUGAAAGGCUCAUUGGUGACAGAGCAAAUAAACUUAAAUCCUCUGCCUUUUGCCCCAUG